AUGGCCCCCAAGGACUCCAAGAAAGGCGGUGCCUCCAAGGCGCCUAAGGGCACCAAGCAGGCCAACAACGCUGCCAAGGCUGCCCUCAAGGGUGCCCACGGUCACUACAAGAACAAGGUCCGCUACACCACCUCGUUCCACCGCCCCAAGACCCUCGUUGUCUCGCGCGCGCCCAAGUACCCUCGCAAGUCGGUUCCCCACGAGCCCCGCCUCGACGAGCACAAGGUCAUUGUCCACCCCCUCAACACCGAGUCCGCCAUGAAGAAGAUCGAGGAGAACAACACCCUCGUCUUUAUCGUCGACGUCAAGUCCAACAAGGCGCAAAUCAAGCAGGCCCUCAAGAAGCUCUACGACAUCGACACCGUGAAGAUCAACACCCUGAUCCGCCCCGACGGUUCCAAGAAGGCUUACGCCCGCCUCACCCCUGACGUCGAUGCUCUUGACAUCGCCGCCACCAAGCUUGCUCUCGUUUAA